AUGAGGAAGCCAGGAGGCAACACAGCAAAGCUGCUCAGACACCAAAAUGAAGUUUGGAAAAUGAAAGUUACGGUGAGUUUACUCCUCAAUCCCAAACCUUUCCUUAUUAGAUUAACAGGAAAGCCAGUGAUGGCCAAACUUAAGUGGAGAAUGGAAUUCAAGGGUUACCUGGUAUUUGUAGAUACGUAUAUAAACAUGUAG